AAGACCGAAUGUUCCAGGGCGCAGAGCGAAACUUUAACUUUGGCUCGUCGUAUCAGCGGGGACUAAAUACCAAAAUACAGCCAUGCUAUGAAUAUAGUUAUGAGUUCAGUCUUUGUUGAUUUGAAGGCUCUUCUUUGAUAUUUCGAUAAUACCGAAAUAUUUGCAGCAAAUAAGAAAGAAAAAUACUGACCGAGAGCGAGCGAGAGAAGGGAAUCAAAGAUGCAGGUCUCUGUGGUGCUGUGUAGCAUGAUAACUUUCUUUCUUCGCAGUCAAGGCGUGUUGGGCAGUGCGGAGUGUUCAUGCGGGCGCAACCACUUCACGUGUGCAGUGAGCGCGUUUGGGGAGUGUACAUGUAUCCCGGCCCAGUGGCAGUGUGACGGGGACAACGACUGUGGAGAUCACAGCGACGAGGAUGGAUGCAUGCUGCCCACCUGCUCUCCACUGGACUUCCACUGUGACAAUGGGAAGUGUAUCCGCCGCUCCUGGGUGUGUGACGGGGACAACGACUGUGAGGAUGACUCCGACGAACAGGAUUGUCCUCCUAGAGAGUGUGAAGAGGAUGAGUUCCAUUGUCAGAACGGCUACUGCAUCCGCAGCCUGUGGCACUGUGAUGGGGACAAUGACUGUGGGGAUAACAGUGACGAGCUGUGUGACAUGCGUAAGUGUUCCGAUAAGGAGUUUCGCUGUACAGAUGGGAGCUGCAUUGCUGAACACUGGUACUGUGAUGGAGACACUGACUGCAAGGACGGAUCAGACGAGGAAAACUGCCCAUCUGAUGUAAUGACGGCCACUUGUAGUGUUGAAGAGUUCCAAUGUGCGUACGGACGCUGUAUUCUGGACAUUUACCACUGUGACGGAGAUGACGACUGUGGAGACUGGUCUGAUGAGUCCGACUGCUCCUCCCACCAGCCUUGUCGUUCUGUGGAGUUCAUGUGCAGCAGUGGGAUGUGCAUCAACGCUGGCUGGAGGUGUGACGGGGAGUUUGACUGUGAUGACCAAUCAGAUGAGAAGAACUGCACCACCUCCAUGUGUACUGCGGAUCAGUUCCGCUGUGCAUCGGGACGCUGUGUCAGGUUGUCAUGGAGAUGUGACGGAGAGGAUGACUGCUCUGACGGCAGCGAUGAAGAUGACUGUGAGAAGACUGACACCCCUCCAUGUGCUCCAGACCAGUUUCUGUGUGGUAACGGCCGCUGUAUUGGCCAGAGGAAGGUCUGUAAUGAGGUCAGCGACUGUGGAGAUGGGACUGAUGAACACCCUCACCAGGACUGCCGCCCGCGGUCCAGCGAUGGCAACUGUAACCUGAAUAACGGAGGCUGUUCUCAGAAAUGUCAGAUGGCCAGAGGUCUGGUACAGUGUACCUGUCAUACUGGCUACAGACUGAUGGAGGAUGGCAGGGCCUGCCAGGAUGUGGAUGAGUGUGCAGAGGAGGGCUACUGCAGCCAGGGCUGUACCAACACAGAGGGAGGGUUCCAGUGCUGGUGUGUGCAGGGCUAUGAGCUGAGGCCUGACAAGCGCAGCUGCAAGGCGCUGGGUCCUGAGCCAGUGCUGCUGUUUGCGAACCGUAUAGACAUCCGCCAGGUUUUGCCCCACCGGUCAGAGUACACUCUGCUGCUGAACAACCUGGAAAAUGCCAUCGCUCUGGACUUCCACCACAACCAGGAGCUGGUCUUCUGGUCUGAUGUCACGCUCGAUCGCAUCAUGAAGGCUAACCUAAACGGGAGCAAUGUGGAGGAAGUGGUUUCCACUGGCUUAGAGAGUCCAGGUGGUCUGGCUAUAGACUGGAUCCAUGACAAGCUAUACUGGACUGACUCAGGGACAUCCCGUAUUGAGGUGGCCAAUCUGGAUGGAACCCACCGCAAGGUCCUCCUAUGGCAGAGCAUGGAGAAACCCCGAGCCAUCGCACUGCACCCUAUAGAGGGUAAGAUCUACUGGACGGACUGGGGUAACACUCCUCGUAUCGAGUAUGCCAACAUGGACGGCUCCAACCGCCGCGUCAUCGCCGACACCCACUUGUUCUGGCCCAACGGGCUGACCAUCGACUACGCCGGGCACCGUAUGUACUGGGUGGACGCCAAGCAUCACGUCAUCGAAAGAGCUGACCUUGACGGACGGAACCGUAAGGCCGUCAUCAGCCAAGGCUUGCCCCAUCCAUUUGCCAUCACGGUAUUUGAGGAUAGCCUUUACUGGACAGACUGGCACACCAAGAGCAUCAACAGUGCCAACAAGUUCACAGGCAAGAACCAGGAGAUCAUCAGAAACAAGCUGCACUUCCCAAUGGAUAUACACACACUGCACCCGCAGAGACAGCCCGCAGGUGGGCGUAACCGAUGUGGGACCAACAACGGGGGCUGCAGCCACCUCUGUCUCCCUGGCAACAAGACCUAUACCUGCGACUGCCCCACGGGCUUCAAGAAAGUGGACCAGCAUAACUGUGCCCUGAGUCUUGACAAGUUCCUGCUUUUUGCCCGAAGGACGGACAUCCGACGAAUCAGCUUCGACACCGAGGACAUGUCGGAUGAUGUCAUCCCGCUGGCCGACGUACGCAACGCCGUGGCACUGGACUGGCAUGCCGAGGAGGGCUUCAUCUAUUGGACGGACGUCACCACAGACUCCAUCAACCGGGCCCAAUGGGACGGCUCAAGGCAGGAGGUGGUGGUGGACACCAGUCUGGAAAGUCCAGCCGGUCUGGCUAUUGACUGGGUGACCAACAAACUUUACUGGACCGAUGCAGGUACAGAUCGUAUCGAGGUAUCUAAUGCAGACGGGAGCAUGCGUACUGUUCUGAUCUGGGAGAAUCUUGACCGACCCAGGGACAUCGUGGUUGACCCAAUUGGAGGAUAUAUGUACUGGACAGACUGGGGUGUGAGUCCUAAGAUAGAGCAGGCAGGGAUGGACGCAUCCAGCCGUAUCGUCAUCAUCUCUUCCAACCUGACAUGGCCUAACGGACUGGCAAUUGACUACCAAACACAGCGCCUGUACUGGGCCGACGCCGGGAUGAAGACCAUCGAGUUUGGCAACUUUGAUGGCUCAGACAGACAGGUGUUGAUUGGCAGUCAGUUGCCCCACCCCUUUGGGCUGACUCUGCAUGAGGAGAAGCUCUAUUGGACAGACUGGCAGUCAAAGAGCAUCCAGUGUGCCAACAAAAUGACUGGCCUGGGACGACAGACACUCGCCGAGAACCUGGAGAACCUCAUGGAUAUUCACAUGUUCCACCGCUACCGCACCACCGUGCGGACACCUUGUGCGGUGAAUAAUGGGGGCUGCAGUCACCUGUGUCUGUUGGCUCCACCCACAAAAGGCUCCAGCUGUACCUGUCCUACUGGCAUCAACCUUCAGCUGGACGGAAAGACCUGCACACACGGGAUGAGUAGUUUCCUGAUCUUUGCACGGCGGACUGAUAUCAGGAUGGUCUCUCUGGACAUCCCCUACUUUGCUGAUGUGGUGCUGGCUGUCAACAGAUCCAUGAAAAACACCAUCGCCAUUGGAGUGGACCCUAAAGAGGGUAAAGUGUACUGGUCAGACAGCACACUGAAGAAGGUGAGUAGAGCUAACAUCAAUGGGACAGCUCAUGAGGAUAUCAUCGCUACAGGUCUGAUGACCACUGAUGGUCUGGCGGUGGAUGCGGUGGGUCGCAAGAUCUACUGGACGGACACCGGAACGAACCGGAUAGAGGUGGCCAACCUGGACGGCUCCAUGAGGAAGGUUCUGAUCUGGCAGAACCUGGACAGCCCGCGAGCCAUCGCCCUCUACCACGAGAUGGGGUAUAUGUACUGGACAGACUGGGGGGAGCAUGCUAAGCUGGAGCGGUCAGCGAUGGAUGGCUCAGACCGUUUGGUUCUGAUCAGUAACAACCUUGGCUGGCCCAACGGACUGGCCAUCGACAGUGCCGGCUCACAGCUACUGUGGGCUGACGCACACACAGAGCGCAUCGAGGCGGCAGACCUGAAUGGGCUGAACCGCCAUACCCUGGUAUCCCCGGUUCAGCACCCGUACGGUCUGACCCUACUAGGACCACACAUCUACUGGACCGACUGGCAGAGCCGCAGCAUCCAGCGAGCUGACAAAACCACCGGCGCCAACACCAUCACCGUGCGCAGCAACCUGCCCGGGCUCAUGGACAUACAGGCCGUGGAUAGAGAGAAGCCACUGGGUUUCAAUAAGUGUGGUAGAAGGAACGGGGGCUGUAGCCACCUGUGUCUGCCCCGCCCCAACGGUACUUCCUGUGCCUGUCCCACCGGCAUCCUCCUCAAGGGGGAUGCCAGGUCAUGUGACGACUCCCCCGAGACCUACCUGCUCUUCUCCAACCGGGUCAGCGUGCGACGCAUCUCCCUGGACACAAAUGACCACACAGAUGUGCAUGUGCCCGUGCCUGAGCUGCACAACGUCAUCUCACUGGACUACGACAGCGUGGACGGGAAGCUGUACUACACCGAUGUCAGCCUGGAUGUUAUCAGACGGGCCAACCUAGAUGGUACAGGGAUGGAGACAGUGAUAAGCCAGGGUCUGAAGACUACUGAUGGUCUGGCUGUGGACUGGGUGACCAGGAAUAUGUACUGGACAGACACAGGUCGCAACACCAUUGAGGUGGCCCGACUGGACGGGACCAGCCGCAAAGUACUAGUCAACAACAGCCUGGAUGAACCCAGGGCCAUCGCUGUGUUUCCCAGCAAAGGGUACCUGUUCUGGACAGACUGGGGUCACAUUGCUAAGAUUGAGCGGGCACACCUAGACGGAUCAGACCGUAAAGUUCUGAUUAACACAGACCUGGGCUGGCCCAACGGACUCACACUGGACUACGACACACGCAGGAUCUUCUGGGUGGAUGCUCACCUGGACCGCAUUGAGAGUUCUGACCUAAACGGAAAGCUCCGGCAAAUCCUCAUCAGCCCUGUGUCCCACCCCUUCGCCCUCACACAGUUGAAGCCGGUGUCCUCCCCUCUAACCCCUUUCUCCCGACUCUCGCAGCAAGACCGUUGGAUCUACUGGACGGACUGGCAGACUAAGUCCAUUCAGCGUGUGGACAAACACACUGGCCGCAGCAAGGAGACAGUCCUGGCCAACGUGGAGGGCCUCAUGGACAUCAUCAUAGUCUCGCCACAGAGGCAGAGCGGCACUAACCACUGUGGGGUGAAUAAUGGAGGAUGUACUCAUCUCUGCUUCGCUAAUACAAACAGCUUUGUCUGUGCCUGCCCUGAUGAACCAGACAGCAGGCCCUGCUCCACAAUCUCAGGUUAUGUGCCAACCUCACCAGACAGAGAGACCACCAGCACCCCAGCCCCUAACAAGAUCCCCAAAGCCCCCACAGACACGCCUCAGCAAGGACCCCCACUGAUUAACUGCACAGACAAGAGCCUGAGUGUGGAGGGCUGCUUAGAGAGCAAUGUGGUGACGGCUCCUCACGGGGAGGGGCUUCAUAUCAGCUAUGUGAUUGGAGGAGCGUUGACCAUUCUGGCCAUCCUGAUAAUCAUCACUGCCUUCAUUAUUUACAGACACAAAAAGUCUAAGUUUGCUGACCCCGGGGUGAGCAACCUGACAUACAGUAACCCCUCAUAUAGGACGUCAACGCAAGAGGUCAAGAUUGAGACCUCUCAAAAGCCGCCCAUUUACAACCAGCUACGAUAUAAGAAAGAGGGGGGCGGGGACAGUGGCUACACCAAGGAGAAGAUCCGCAUCGUGGAAGGAGUGUGUCUCCUCUCCAGCGAGGAGCUGUACUGGGAGGACCUGAAGCAGCUGAAGCCGUCACGUGGUGGUCUGCACACAUGCAUGCGCACGGACACUGUGUCCCUGCAGGCCAGCAGCGCCUCGCUGGACGACGGCGAGACAGAGCAGUUGCUCCAAGAGGAGACGUCAGAGUGUUCGUCCAUAAACACGCUGACCCCCGUCACCGUCACACCACAACGCCACCCCCAACACAGCCUGCCCGACACCGGCUGGACCCCCGCACGCAAACCCUCCACCGAGAGUGAGGUGUAAGGGAGGCCUCUUGCUUCACUGCCUCCCCACUCCUACUCUUUACCCUUAGUCCUCCUGAUCCCUUCAACUACACACCCUUUUACACACACACACACACACACACACACACCUGUAUACAGUAUACAUGCAUACAGUAAACGAUACGUACUUAUGCUUCAGGCCACAGUGAGUCAUACACAAACUGACACUCACACAGAUAGGUGGUACAUACAAACAUUACAGUCACAUACAUACUUCAUGCUACACACAUUUAUGCAUGCAUACAAAUCUGUCAUCUCCUUGGCCCGCUGGACUUCGUCCUACACACACACAUCCGCACUCUUACCACCACCCUCUCACAACCACAAACUGACUCACCGCUACCCACUUCAGGCAACAGACUGAAUUACAAUUUACAAGCAUGCUGGAAAAAGAAAGCAAAAAAAUACACUUUGAGAAAAGAAAUGACAAACAGAGAAAGAAAUGACAUCUGGAGCCUUUUUAAAGAAUGCAACCCCUCAAGGUGAGGGCCGCUUAGUAUAUUACAUUGCAUUUUUUGUGAAGUUUUUGACAAAGCUAAAAACGAUAUACUCCCGCAGGAGACUAUGUAACAAACUGCUCGCUCUCUCUAUAAUGCCACUCAUCAUAUACCAUGUCCUUAUGAACUCUAUUUAUGAACUUUUUGUUCUUUGAGUUGGUUUUUGCUGAUUUUAAAGAAUGGUGAGAGUGUUGUGUAGAUCUCUAUUACAGUAUGACCCAGUCAUUCAAACCUCUAUAUUUAUGUGCCAAAGGGUGGAGCUUCGCUACGUCUACAUUUAUACUAGAAUAACAUUUUAUAGGCUAUGUGCCACGUAAAGGACAGACAGACAGUUACCUAUGGGAGAGCUCAGCAAUGGGACGAUCUGUUUCAAACAUGUUUCACAUUGUAUUACCUCCUCUUCUAAAACCAACCAUGGACUUAUCUAUCUGGUCUCUCUUAACUGGUACUCUUGACAGGUCCUGGAAACUGGUACUCUAGAUUGGUACUGGAAAUGGGAACUCUAGACUGGUACUGGAAACUGCAUUAACAAUCGUUGAAAUCCAUUCAUUUUAAAAAUCUAAAGUAAACUGCAAGUAAACCAUUUCUGGUCCUCGUGGAAUAGCAUUCUCGAUGAAGUAUAAGUGCCAAACAUUUUUUUCAUUUUUUUCUUUCCUCAGUUUGAUAUUUCUUGGAGUUUGUAAAAUGUGCUUGACAUUCUUUUAGCUGUUCUGAUUAAGGCAAAUAUCUGUCAUCUCUGAACCUGUAAAGCACUGUACACUUAGUGCCCACUGUUCUAGUCUAAACUAUAGAAUAAGCUUCAGUGUAUUAUGUCAUUCAGACGUAUUGACUUCUCCACAUUCUUACUUUACGGCCUUAUUCUGAAAUUGAUUAAAUAUGUUUUUUCCCUCAUCAACCUCCACACAAUACCCCAUAAUGACAAAGAGAGAACUGUUUUUUAGAAAUAUUUACACAUUAUAUACAAAAAUGUAAAACAGAUGCCUUAUUUACAUAAGUAUUCAGACCCUUUGCAAUAAGACUCAAAAUUGAGCUCAGGUGCAUCCUGUUUCCAUUGAUCAUCCUUGAGAUAUUUCUACAACUUGAUUGGAGUCCACCUGUGGUAAAUUCAACUGAUUGGACAUUAUUUGGAAAGGCACACACCUGUCUUUAUAAUGUCCCAAAGUUGACAGUCCAUGUCAGAGCAAAAACCAUGCCAUGAGGUCGGAGGAAUUGUCCAUAGCUCAGACACAGGAUUGUGUCGAGGCACAGAUCUGAAGAAGGUUCAAAAGAACACAGUGGCCUCCAUCGUUCUUAAAUGGAAGAAGUUUGGAACCACCAAGACUCUUCCCAGAGCUGGCCGCCCGGCCAAACUUAGCAAUUGGGGGAGAAGGGCCUUGGUCAGGGAGGUGAACAAGAACACAUUGGUCACUCUGACAGAGCUCCAGAGUUUCUCUGUGGAGAUGGGAGAACCUUCCAAAAGGACAACCAUCUCUGUAGCUCUCAACCAAUCAGGCCUUUAUGGAAGUGGCCAGAGGGAAGCCACUCCUCAGUAAAAGGCAGUUUGCCAAAAGGCACGUAAAGACUCUCAGACCAUGAGAAACAAGAUUCUCCGUUCUGAUGAAACCAAGAUUGAACUCUUUGGCCUGAAUGCCAAGCAUCACGUCUGGAGGAAACCUGGCACCAUCCUUACGGUGAAGCAAGGUGGUGGCAGCAUCAUGCUGUGGGGAUGUUUUUCAGCGGCAGGGACUGGGAUACUAGACUGGAUCGAGGGAAAGGUUCACCUUACAACAGGACAACGACCCUAAGCACAAAGCCAAGACAACGCAGGAGUGGCUUUGGAACAAGUCUCAAUGUCCUUGAGUGGCCAAGCCAGAGCCCGGACUUAAACCUAAUCGAACAUCUCUGGAGAGACCUGAAAAUAGCUGUGCAGCAAAACUCCCCAUCCAACCUGACAGAGCUUGAGAGGAUCUGCAGAGAAGAAUAGGAGAAACUACCCAAAUGCAGGUGUGCCAAGCUUGUAGCGUCAUACACAAGAAGCCAAAAGCGCUUAAACAAUGUACUGAUUAAAGGGUCUGAAUACUUAUGUAAAUGUGAUAUUUCAGUUUUUUUUUUAUACAUUUGCAAAAAUGUCAAACUGUUUUAGUGUUGUCAUUGUUGGGUAUUGUGUGUAGAUUGAGGGGGGAAAAAAUAUUGAAUCUAUUUUAGAAUAAGGCUGUAACAUAAAAAUGUGGAAAAAUUCAAGGGGUCUGAAUACUUUUCGAAUGCACCGUACAGUAUAUGAGAUUACCAUGAACCAUAUAUCACAGAGAUGUUACCUUAGACAAAGAAUAUACCACUGGUAAUUUACGGAACCAUCCAUAUUAUUCAAAUAAAAACAAUAUAUAUUACAUAUGCAGCGUUUACCGUGAAUGCAGUCUCCGCGAACUUGGGAACAUUGCCUUUACAUUUCAAUCACGCCGUAGUGCGGAUCUUCAACAUUACGGAUUGAAUUUAGCCCUUAGAUUAACAUUGUUUUGUACUGUACAAUCUGUCAUUGAAAUGCAUAGGGUGGGAAAUAGAGCAUUGCACUGGACAGAUAUCAGUUUGAGUUCUCAAAACCAUGUAUCUUGAAGUAACUUCAAGUUCAGCAACAUGCUGAUUUGCUGCUAGACAGGAAUUCCACAGCACUGAUGCCAAUGAGAGAAGGUCUUGGCAGCUAUUUUACCUGAGGUCUCUGAUGGUUGGAUCACAGACGCAUCAAUCUGACCAAUGCUUCAAUCAUUAACUACGCUAACACACAGAAUCCCACCCACUCAGCGAAGGUUUCUAAGCUGUACAGAUUUUACCAUGCAUUUUAAGCAGACAAAUUGUCAAAUAUAUUGUGUUGAUUUUGUUGUAUAGAGAGUAUUUUGUACAAAGGGAUUUCAUUAUUGUUUUUACUUGUAUUAAUAUUACUCACUGGAGAAGAACAUUUUUGUUUUGCUGGAUUAUUUAACCACUGUGUUUCCAAACAUUGUAAAUUAUAGGGUUGCUGCCAGUUAUUUAAUAAUGGUCACAUAUAACUGUUGUAAAGUUAACUAAAAGAGAUAUUUAUGAUUUCUUUGUUUGGUUGUCACUUAAUGUGUAAAUAUGAAAAAUACUAAAUGAAUUUCCUGCAGUACUAACAAGCUGUGUUGUGUGAUGUAGUGAAUUACCCCUUUGCUAUCUUUUAAUAUAAACUGCGUGACACAA